CGCAUCGCGGCGUCCUGCGCCCGCCCCUCUCAGUUUCCGCCGCUGGCUGCUCGCGCUCGGGCUCGCGAUGGGGAAGAAGUCCCGGGCGGUACCCGGCCGCAGGCCUAUCCUGCAGCUCUCUCCGCCGGGCCCUCGCAGCAGCACGCCGGGCCGGGAUCCCGAUCCGGAACUCGACACCGAGCCGGAUUCGACAGCGGCUGCGGCGCCCAGCCAGUCAGCCCCGGCGACGGUGGCAACGACGACGUCGCCCGCGGUGCCCGCCGCCGCGGCCACGGACGACUCGCCUUCGGAAGAUGAACAGGAAGUGGUGGUGGAGGUUCCCAAAGUCAUUCCGAAUCCUCCCAAAGCAGUCAUGACCACCAGACCCACAGCCGUAAGAGCAACAGGCGGUCUAUGUUUACUUGGUGCUUAUGCUGACAGUGAUGAUGAUGAGAGUGAUGUUUCUGAAAAACCAGCACAAUCCAAAGAGGCAAAUGGAAACCAGUCAGCCGAUAUUGAUAGUACACUGGCCAACUUCCUAGCGGAGAUUGAUGCCAUAACAGCUCCUCAGCCUGCAGUUUCUGAGGAGGCUUCUGCUCCACCUCCAACUCCACCCCGACCGGAGCCAAAGGAAGCAGCCACAUCUGCUCUUUCUUCCACUACAUCAAAUGGGACGGACUCAACCCAAACACCAGAAUGGCAGUAUGAUACUCAGUGUUCACUUGCAGGAGUCGGAAUUGAGAUGGGAGAUUGGCAAGAAGUCUGGGAUGAGAACACGGGAUGCUACUAUUAUUGGAACACACAAACAAAUGAAGUGACUUGGGAGUUACCUCAAUAUCUUGCCACCCAGGUACAGGGAUUGCAGCAUUAUCAGCCCAGUUCUGUAACAGGUGCUGAAGCUAGUUUUGUGGCUAAUACAGAUACAUAUACAAAGGAGAAAACAAUUCCUGUUUCCAGUAGUAAAAGUGGACCAGUCAUAGCCAAACGAGAAGUUAAAAAGGAAGUAAAUGAAGGUAUUCAGGCUCUCUCAAACAAUGAAGAGGAGAGGAAAGGAGUGGCAGCAUCACUGCUUGCUCCUUUAUUGCCCGAGGGAAUAAAAGAGGAAGAAGAGAGAUGGAGAAGAAAAGUAAUUUGUAAAGAAGCAGAACCAGUUUCAGAGGUGAAAGAAGUAAGUAUAGCAGCAGAAGAAGCAGUGAAGCCACCAGAAGUUAUGUUGGAUGGUAUGGAAGAUCCUUCUCAGGAGGACCUUUGCAGUGUUGUCCAAUCUGGAGAAAGUGAAGAGGAAGAGGAACAAGAUACCCUCGAGCUGGAGCUAGUUUUGGAAAGGAAAAAAGCAGAGUUGCGAGCCUUGGAGGAAGGAGAUGGUAGUGUGUCAGGGUCUAGUCCACGUUCUGAUACCAGUCAGCCAGCAUCUCAGGACGGAAUGCGCAGAAUUAUGUCUAAAAGAGGAAAAUGGAAGAUGUUUGUUCGAGCUACCAGUCCAGAAUCCACCAGCCGGAGUUCUAGUAAAACUGGACAAGAAACUCCAGAAAAUGGAGAAACUGCAGUUGGUGCUGAAAAUUCAGAAAAGAUAGAUGAACAUUCAGACAAAGAGAUAGAUACUGAAGAAUCCUCAGAGAAGAUAAAAGUACAGAUAGCGCCAAAAGUAGAAGAAGAACAAGAUUUGAAAUUUCAGAUUGGAGAACUGGCAAAUACCCUGACAAGUAAAUUUGAAUUCCUCGGCAUUAAUAGACAGUCCAUCUCCAACUUUCACAUGCUGCUCUUACAGACUGAGACUCGAAUUGCAGACUGGCGGGAAGGGGCUCUUAAUGGAAACUACCUUAAACGAAAACUUCAGGAUGCAGCAGAACAACUAAAACAGUAUGAAAUAAACGCCACUCCUAAAGGCUGGUCCUGCCACUGGGACAGGGAUCAUAGACGAUAUUUCUAUGUAAACGAACAGUCGGGCGAGUCUCAGUGGGAAUUCCCAGAUGGUGAGGAGGAAGAAGAAAGCCAAGCACAAGAAAGUAGAGACCAGACUCUUCCUAAACCAACCUUGAAAGACAAAUCUGGCACUGAUACAAAUUCUUCAGAAUCCUCUGAGAAUUCCACAGGUUCUCUUUGUAAAGAAUCCUUUUCUGGUCAAGUUUCUUCUUCAUCACUCAUGCCACUUACUCCUUUCUGGACCCUCCUUCAGUCAAAUGUGCCUGUGCUUCAACCCCCGUUACCUUUGGAAAUGCCACCACCUCCACCUCCACCCCCAGAAUCCCCUCCUCCCCCACCUCCCCCACCUCCUCCUAUUGAAGAUGGGGAAAUCCAGGAGGUAGAAAUGGAGGAUGAGGGAAAUGAGGAGCCUCCUGCCCCAGGAACAGAGGAAGACACUCCUUUGAAACCAGCAGCACAAGCCACAGUUGUAACUAGCCAGAAUUCAGUUGAUUCUGCCAUCUGUAGUUCUCCUUCCACUAAAGCAAUAAAGAGAAAAGCUACAGAAAUUAGUACAGCAGUGGUUCAGAGAUCGGCUACCAUUGGUAGUUCUCCAGUUCUCUACAGCCAGUCAGCUAUAGCUACAGGUCACCAGGCAACAGGGAUUGGACACCAAGCUACAGGAAUUGUACACCAAGCAGUAUCAGUUAGCCAUUCAACUGCAGGGAUGAGUCAUCAGGCCAGAGGAAUGAGCUUACAGUCAAAUUACCUUGGAUUAGCAGCAGCACCUACAAUUAUGAGUUAUGCUGAAUGUUCUGUCCCAAUUGGAGUAACUGCUUCCUCAGUGCAGCCAGUCCAGGCCCGAGGUACUGUGCCAGCCACUGCCAUUAUAGAACCACCACCACCUCCUCCUCCUCCUCCUACUCCUACACCACCACCGCCACCACCAGCUCCCAAAAUGCCACCACCAGAGAAGACAAAAAAAGGAAAGAAAGAUAAGGCAAAGAAAAGUAAAACCAAAAUGCCCUCUUUGGUAAAGAAGUGGCAGAGUAUCCAGCGAGAGUUAGAUGAAGAAGAGAACUCGAGCUCCAGUGAAGAGGACCGGGAAUCAACUGCACAAAAGCGAAUUGAAGAGUGGAAACAGCAGCAGCUGGUCAGUGGCAUGGCAGAAAGAAAUGCUAAUUUUGAAGCUCUUCCAGAGGAUUGGCGAGCAAGACUGAAAAGAAGGAAAAUGGCUCCAAACACUUAGUUUAAAAUUAAAAAAAAAAAGUUUGUUUUGUGUUGAGUCUUAACCAGUUUUACUGUUGUCAAAUAAACGAUAAAUGUUAUGGGGGAGAGCAUAUACAUUUUUUGGGCAAGAGUGUACACAAAGUUGUUCAUUGGUAAAAUGUAACUUUACUGUUUGCUGAAGGUGAGGUGAUUGGAAUUGCUUUGACUUGGCUGCCUUUAUUUUCUCACAUUGGCAAUCUUAGCAUGUUAGGUAUCAGUCUAUCUUGAUGAACAUGUGGCUUUGUGAGUAUGACACCUCACUAGAGGACUUCUUGACAAAAAGUGAAGGAUUUUCCUGCCUAAUAGAGGCUCAUUUAGUUCCUUGUGUGGCACGCUCUCUCUCUCAUUAACUUCUACUCCAGAACAAGUGCAAUUAAGAAGGCAGCUCUGUAUUCUACUUUGAUUGACUGUGACUGUCAAGAUCUCUAGUUGACCUCUUCCUCUAGUCUGCUGCUGAUGAGGUGUUGAGAUCUGUCAAGAUGUGUUGAUGGCCACACUCUUUAGAGUAGAUCUUUCUCAACAAAUCCCAGAACUUAGACAUUUUACAUACUAGGUGGCAUAUUUAAAAUUUAAAUAUAGGCAGGAAUAGCAGCAGCAGGUUUUCAUGUCCUUAAUUUUGAGAAAUUCCCCCCCUAAGUAUAUGGCAGCAGGUGUAACAAUAGCUACUCUGUGUAUUGUGUCUCCCUUGUCUUACUCUUCCAAAAUUCACCUCCCUUCUGUGUGUGAAUGUAUUCUCCAUAAAAUUCCAGUAUUUAAAAAGCAGUUUACUGUUCUGUACUUUCUAUUGUAUCACAAUCAGGUAAAGUCACUUUAAACUGAAGAAAAAGCAAAUUGUGUUUUAAAGCUGUUUGUAUUUCUCCAGUUUCAACCAUGUAAAUUUGUAUAUAUGCACUAAUAAAGCUCU